UUUAAAUCAGCCAAUACUACUAGAAUCUUAGGUAUAGACUCUAGUACAUCCGUAUUUAUCUAUAACUAUUGAACGCCGACAUCUCUUGAAACCUCUGGCCACACAUCCCGUACCUUCGCCCUCUAUCAAUUGCAGUUUUCUGUCGCCGAUACCUCCUGCCGUAUGUUAUUAUCUGACUAUAGCUCCUUCGCCGACAGUAUCCGACAUAGUCACAGUUAACGUUAUAAAGUUUCAUCUCUUUGUAACUGCUAGACAUUGAGAUUUAACGUUACUGCCAGCAUAUCCCUAUUUUUCGCCAUAUAUCAAUCGCCGACUCCGUAAUUUACUGUCCUGUAAAUCCCAACUAGCCGUAUUGUCCGAUAUAGCCAACACUCCUAUAGUACACAGCCGCACCUGGUAUCUAUACAGGAUGCCGAGACGUGGUCGCAAGGGCCGUGCUGCGCCCGUUAAAGGCGGAUGGGAUGUCUUGCCGCAUGGUAUGGGCGUUUCCCUAACAGCUGGAAGUCAAGAAGUACAGUCUCGUAUUCCAACGCCACCUAUCACUGAGUCACCGUCCUCGGCGGAGUCCCAUUCAGUCGGCGAGCUAUUAUCUUUCGUAGAUUCAACACCGGCAACUGCAGCCACUACUCCCGAAAAAGUCACAUCUGAAGUAACAGAAAACCCCCCCUUGGCAACACGCUCUACUCAGCUUGAUAUUGCUGAAGAUGGUACCACGCCCCAGAGUACUAGACGUAAGAUCAUUAUCAAAAUCAAGGUUCCAAAACAAGUUGAUAUAGACGAAGUCCUGGUGUCUAAUGGAGAUCUUGCCCCUGAGCCAAAGACGGCAGAGGAAAAAUGUAACACUGAGAAUAUUGAGACAGCCGUCGCACAUACCGGGCGACAGUUACGGCCAAGGAAGCUAAAGCCAGAACCUGGAGUGUCUAAAAUCGACGAGGAUAGUCGUGAUUCUGCUGUGGUAGAAGAGAUCGCUGGUGAGCAAAGUGAUAAGGGAGCCCCGAGGAAGCGAAAGCGAGGAUUAAAGCCUAGCCCUACAACAACCGAUGAAGGAUUAGAUCCCGAUACCUCCUUGCCUAAGCCAAAGAAGGUGAAAAGUCAGGCCGCAAAGACAGGCGAAGGCCAUUUUAAAAGUAUAGCCAAGAAAACGAAGGACAACCAAUAUGGUCUGAUGCCACCAGGCGAGAGCCCUUUUCCCCUGUGGUUAGCACCAAGCGUCGAACAAUGUGAAGAAGUUCACAGUUUUCUCACAAAGAUGCAUGGUGAAGUCAAGGCACCCAAAGCCAUCUCUGCCCCCUCACUUGAAGUAAUGGGGUGUGGCGAGGUCCCUUCUGUACUGGAUGGGCUACUCAGAACUCUCUUGAGUGGUGCUACAAGAAUAGAGCAUAUAGACAUGACAUUGAUACCCUUGGCCGAAAAAUAUGGUGUAUCAAAGGAGGGGGUCGGAAAAGAAAGCAUCAACUGGAAUAAUGUCAGGCUGGGAUCUUACAAGGAUUUGGCUGAUGCAAUCCACUCUGGAGGACUGGCAAAUAUCAAAGCCAAGCAUAUUAAGGCCAUCCUCGAUACAGUAUACCAGGAGAAUACUGAACGACAUAAAGCCUGCCAUGAAACCAAAGUUGAUACGCUCGCGGGGAAGGAGACGAAUGAGCAGAGAGACAUAGAGACACAGACAACAGAUCAAGAUGACCUCUCCCUUGAACACCUUCGUGGCUUAUCAAAGCAUGAAAUCCUAAAAGAACUCACGAAAUACCCCGGGAUUGGCGUCAAGACUGCGGCGUGCGUCAUUCUUUUUUGCUUUCAAAUACCUUGUAUUGCUGUCGACACACAUGUCUACCGAUUUUCCAAAUGGCUUGGAUGGGUACCGAAAAAUGCCAACGUGACCGAUGUUUUCAGUCAUCUCGAAGUCCAUUGUCCAGACCAUCUUAAGUAUGGCUUGCACCAGCUAUUCAUCCGACACGGCCAACGUUGUGGCAAGUGUAGUUCAAGCACUGCUGAAGGGACAGCGGAUUGGGAUAUGCUUCCUGAGUGCCCUUUGGAGAGCCUUCUUGAUCGCUACGACAAGAAGCAGUCAAAGGCCAAGUCAAAGCCGGCUAAGAAAGGUAAACAGAAAGACGAAGAGCAAGACGAAGAGAAGCAGGAAGAGUCUAUGGACGAGUCCUAAUUUAGAAAGAAUUGGCGGAGAAAAGAUCGCGAAGCCUUUGAUUUUCCUACCUUAGGUGCAAGAAGCACCCUCAUGGCCUCUAUCCAAGGCACUAGCUUGUACUUUCCCCGCUGAAUUGGUGUGCCCGAGGCGGGUGCUCUCAUAGAACUAGCUUAAUGGUUAUGCUACAGGGGGUGGUUAGAUGGGAUUGAUUUAAGCGACAAAUCUGCAGAUUUGUAGCAUGGGCAAUAGUAUGGUAGAACUGAAGUAGCUAGAUAGAAAAUGCGAUGGGCUUCCAGAUUUACUUAAAUUCC